GGACAAAUGAGUGCAGGUAACAGCAGCAGAGACAGCAACAAAAACAACAGCAAGAAGAAAGUCUUACUUCCGGUAGGUGGGGGGAACUGCGAGUAUGCCGACUCUGGCGACCAUGUUGAUGGCCUUGGCCGCUAUAACUCCACCGAGUCAUUGAGUAAUGAGAACGAGUCACCUGACGAUGAAAUUCUGACCGUACGCAUGCGCCACCCUCCCCACAAUGGUGCCCAGGGCCAUAAGAAUGUUACUGAGAAUGGUCAGCAGAACAGGCCAGAAUCCAGAUCACACCUAUUUGAACCGAUACCAAUGAGCGUCGGUAGAGACAACGGGAGGCCCGGGAGCCCAAAAGCACGGAGCCUACGCGCAAACAACUGCACCAGGCCGCCAGCUGUAAUGCAACCAAGAAUGGGUGCGGGAGAUGCUGCAACUGCCGAUUUCGUGAUGAGGCCGGGCGGAAAAACAGCAGUCUUCAGACCGACUCUUAACGCUAUACACUACAACGCCGAGGAACAGCAUUACCAGCUGGAGCUACUGGAGCAGCAUUUGGGGCGACAGUUCGAAGAUCAGUGGGCGCAAGAAAUGGAGCAGCAGUGGGAUCGGCAAAUGUACGAAAUGGAAACUUCGUCAGACCCCUUACUACAGCCGCAAUCACUACAAUCGGUGGCACCAACUCAACAGCCAGAGCGCUGCUAUCAUGUUAAGUCAGCUAGUCCCGCUAGUUGCAAACAGACCCAAAAAUCUCUUUCUUCGCGUCUUCGCUCAAAAGAGCGGCCGAAGCCACCAAACACAGCGCCAGCAACAACCACGCAAAGCACAUUGGAGGGCUUAGUUUCGUCCAGCAUGUCGCCUGCUGCUCGCUUGGCCGAAUCCAAAAUGGCGCCGACACGCACUCUACAAGCACGCAAGAAGCCUGUGGUGGCGGUGGUGCGGCCUACUACCUCCAGCGUGCACAGAGGACGCACCAUCACUGCGAGCUCAACAGGCGUGGCUGCAAGGAAACCGCUAAAUCGGACCCAAGGGGUCGCGACCGGAAGCCCCCAAAUAUCUAGUUACAAAAGAUGCUCCUUGACAAAGGAAGAACAGCCACAAACCAAAGCCCGCCAAACUAUACUCACUAAUCCGUCGAAUCGCAAGCAAUCCUUGCGCAGUGAGCAAUCACAGGAUAAUCAAGAACAGAAGCCGCCGUCCAUUUUAACAGCACCCGUCUCCGUUCACAUUAAUAUUAUGACUGACAACAAGUCCACCAAAGUCAAAGUAUCCAGCUCAAGGUUGCGGCCCAAUCUUAAAGGCGUCAAAGCCAAGGUGGACUCGCAUCUAUGCUCUAGUUAUCUUAAUGAGGACAGAAAAGAGAAACCCCAAGGGAAAAUUACUCAGAAAACUAUACGUAAGCCUGUAGAGCUAAAAACAAAGCCACGAACUUCCACAUGCGCCAAAGCAGUGGCUAUCCAUCCAAUCGAUGCCGCACGGAAGGAUUUGGAGCUCAUGAUGAGGCGCAUCGAACAGUCCACGGAUUUGCCACCGCCAGCCAGACGGCACAAAUCGGCAGCCCCCAUGCGUUUGCUCCCUAGUUCCGAUCACACACGCAGCCGGCAACGCCACUCAUCAGCUACUCCACGCACUGUCAAUCUAGACCCUGCACUCACUACGGCCUUAGGGAUGAAUCUCCGUACACAUUCGGCCACCAGCACUCCCCGUGCAAUCCGUACGUCCAAGAAAUUGACGCCAGCGCAGCAACCACUGUCUGGCAAUCAGCGAAAGAGCGCGCGAAAACAAUUGUCACAUCCGCCUCCAGCUCCUGCAGUCACUCCCACACUCUCGGCACGCAUCUCGAAGCAGCUGCAGGAGACGCUGACGGAUCCCUAUGAACACAUGCCUAUCUAUGACGUACGCACACGUCAAAUUAUUACCCUGGCCGAGGCCCAUGAGGGUAAUGAGGUAAGGGAGGGCAGAGGAAGGAGGCGCAAGACAUGCAGGGGCACAAUUGCGAUGGAACAGCAACAAUUGGCCAAGCCUCGCCCAGCAAUGGAGAAACUGAUGGAGGUGCCGUUGGCCUACAACCCGGAGACGCUAGCACCAGCCCAGCGCCAGGCACUCAUAGAUUUGCUGACACGGGCCGAGCAACGCGACCGGAGUAUUAUCGACAUAUUGACCAGCAGUGCCAAUCCAUCAACGGAUACCAUGCGCAUGAUGCUGCAAACACUCCCAAUGGCUCUUUCGCCAGGUGAGUCACCAUACAGCGAACAAUUCUGGGCCGGACAUCGGUACCUAAAGGAGCGACAGCAGUUGCACCAGAAACUUGAGCCUGACGAUAUGCGUUACAAAGAAGUGAAAAUAUUGCACGGUCAAAAUGGUAAAAUCUUUUUAUCCAAAACUCUCGAGGACGAGCUCAAGGAUGAACAAAUGGUGCUAGAAUUUAUGGAAGAUGAGCUACAACAUCAACGUGAGCAAUUAUUGAAACAGAAGCUCGAGCAGUUAAAGCAGCACCCAACGCCACCGAAGCCGGGACCAAAUCAGGGCCUUGUGGAGCAGGCGAUGCGAGAACGAGCCGAAAUGGAAAUUCAGAAACAGCAAGUUCGUGAGUGGCGUGAGCAACGACGACAUGAUGAUCUGGAGCAGCGCACGCUUGAAUGUCAGGAGAAUGCGUUGUUACAGGAGCAAGAGGUGGACGAACAACAAGGGUCUGAAAUUCAGGAGCAAAAACAACGUGCAGCCCAGAAGCAGGAAGAACGUAAAACUCGGGAGCAGGAAGAACGUAAAAAUCGGGAGGUGGAAGAAUGGAAAGCUCAAAAACAGGAGAAACGAGAGCUGGAGGAACGUGAAGCUCAUGAGCUGGAGAAAUGUAAAGUUCGGGAGCUAGAGAAACAUGACCAUUUUACCCGUACAAAUACAGGUCGCGAACGGUCCGUGGCACAUUCAUUUCGGAAAGAUGAGAACUCAAAAAUUACAACUGAAAUUAAAUAUCGUAUCCAGACAAAACAUGCGAUAAAUCAUUUCAACAAAGACAAUGUUGUUCAAAAUCAUGAUGAGCAGGGCGUCGAAAGCAAAACUGAGGACGACGAUGAAGAACUAACACCACGUGCGGAUCCCAUAUGCAAGGACUUGUCGCAGCACCCGGAAAAGCGCCAGAACCAGCCCAAUGACUAUCACCGACUUGACUACUAUCCAGUUGGUGACACGGCUGUGGCAAACACUUUUAAAGUGCAACUGGAAAAGGUGCAGCAAAGCCGCGACAAAUUUCAGACUCAAUGCCAACAAAGUCUUUUCUACAAUAAUGCCAAUUGUCCAAUGCCAUGGCAGCUCUUUUCUAAUGUUGCCAGCAAUCUCUCGGAUGAAUUAGUUGAGGAUGUGGACUGUGAAUUUAAUCGCAGCAUUGCCAACUAUGUCCAGCAUUUUCUAGAGCGGGAAUCACGCAUGUGAGGUCAAGCAACAACAAACCAUUACCUUACUGUAACAUUAUCUAACUCAAAAUUUAAGUGGAUGCUUCAACCAAGCUCAAGAAAUCUUUUUUAAAGGUGCAAACUAAUCAUUCUGUCCUCAUCCUCCUUCCCUACCCAGCUGUGGCUGUAAAUCUGUACCGGAUCGUUCUCGUUUUUUGUCUAUAUACUAUAUAAAAUACUAAGAGAUACGAAACACAUCCUCAGACAUACGUAUACGAGAAACACAAUUUUAACGAAAGAUCUGAAAAAAGCUCUUGAAAAUUUGCAGUCUAAGGACUAAAUUUAAAGUUGUAUAUGCACACUCUUUACUCUCAUAUGUAUGUACCUAUAUAUAUAUAUAUAUAGAAAUACUUAUGCAUAUGUAAAAAUACAUAUGUACUUCCUUAAUUUUAAUUCAGAGCCAGAGCACUGCACUGAAAUUUUUGGUAGUAGCCUAAAACUAUACUACACUUUUUAACUUACCAAAAUAUUACAUUGCUCAUCCAAAUUUCUACAAUUCAUAUUUUCAAAACCAGAUGCAAAAUUUAUUUUCUGAGUCGGAUCUUUGUUAAAGGCAUAUAAAUAAAUAUAAAUUCAUUUUA